UACUUUUCGCAGUGUAGCUUCCGCCGUAUGCGUUAUGCGGCCCUAGUUCUGUCCUUUCUUCGCGGUAUUCAGUACGUGAACAUGUCAUAUUCAGAUGAACGAAGGUCUCAUGAGGACCGAGACCAUUUUGAAGAUCAUCAUCAGCACCAUGAGCAUUCAGUAAAAGGGUCAAGAGAUAGAGAUGAUGGAGAGCAGCAGCAGAUACAGGGUGGGGGGAAUUACCCCAGUGGAGAGUCUGACGGCCCAGCUGGGAUGGAUGUAGAUGGAGUUAUCGAGAGUAACUGGAAUGAAGUGGUAGACAGUUUUGAUGACAUGCACUUAGUAGAACAUCUACUAAGAGGAAUUUAUGCCUACGGGUUUGAGAAGCCAUCUGCUAUCCAGCAGAGAGCAAUAAUCCCUUGCUGUAAAGGCCGUGAUGUUAUAGCCCAGGCUCAGUCUGGUACGGGAAAGACUGCUACCUUUGCCAUAGCCAUCCUGCAGCAGAUUGAUGUGAAGAGACCAGAGUGCCAGGCCCUUGUGUUAGCACCCACCAGAGAACUGGCCCAACAGAUCCAGAAAGUAGUAAUUGCACUUGGAGAUUACUUAAAUGCAGAGUGCCAUGCAUGCAUCGGUGGCACAAAUGUGCGAGAGGACAUGGGCAGGCUAAGUCAGGGUGUACACGUGGUCGUAGGGACCCCAGGACGUGUGUACGACAUGAUCCAGAGACGGGCGUUAGACCCUCGCUGUAUUAAAUUGUUUGUGUUGGAUGAGGCAGACGAGAUGUUGUCCAGAGGAUUCAAAGAUCAGAUUUAUGAUGUAUUUCAGUAUAUGCCAAAGGAGACUCAGGUGAUCCUGUUGUCUGCCACCAUGCCAGAGGACGUGCUGGAGGUGACGAAGCGCUUCAUGCGCGAACCCAUCCGUAUCCUGGUGAAGAAGGAGGAACUGACGCUGGAGGGUAUCCAACAGUUCUACAUUGCUGUGGAGAGAGAGGAAUGGAAGCUGGACACGCUGUGUGAUUUGUACGAGACGUUGACCAUCACUCAGGCUGUGAUCUUCUGCAAUACAAGGAGGAAAGUAGAUUGGCUCACGGAGAAAAUGCACAGCAGAGAUUUCACCGUGUCUGCUAUGCACGGUGACAUGGAUCAGAAAGAGCGUGAUGUGAUCAUGCGCGAGUUCCGCACGGGUUCCAGUCGCGUGCUCAUCACCACCGACUUGUUAGCACGUGGUAUCGACGUGCAGCAGGUGUCCCUUGUGAUUAACUAUGAUCUGCCCACAAACAGGGAGAACUACAUCCACAGGAUCGGACGUGGAGGCCGAUUCGGUAGGAAAGGAGCUGCCAUCAACUUCGUCACCAAUGAUGACGUGCGCUGCCUGCGAGAUAUUGAGCAAUUCUACGGCACAAAAAUCGAUGAGAUGCCGAUGAAUAUAGCCGAUCUGAUUUAGCCCAACCAGUUCUAGCGAUUAUGACACUAGCCCGAGGUUAGUGUCUCUCUCUCUUUCUCAGUGUGACGACGGCGACUACAUUGUGGAUUCUACGCGGCAUAUAUAUUUUCCAGGCGAGAUAUCAGAUGUAUACACGGAUUCUGCGACUGGAUGAUUCUAGCGAUAUUUAUUUGUCCACACACACAUUGACGUUGUUAUACUUAAA